CCUCCACAGUAUAUGUGUCAGAGUCCGCCAGCUUACAUACACAAAGGUGAUGUGUCCCCCAUCAGUAUGUCCCCUAUCAGCCAAUCGCAAUUCAUCCCUUUGGGAGAGGUAUUGCUAUUGGCUAUCUCUGCUAUGAACUCCGCCCACAAGCCUGUCACUCAGGAGGCCCUUACUGAACACCUGCAGACAUGUUUUCCAGGUGUUCCCACACCAACGGAGGAGGUUCUGCACCACACACUGAGCAUGCUGGUCCGUGAGCGGAAGAUCUACCCAACACCAGAAGGAUAUUUUAUUGUAACCCCUCAGACCUACUUCAUCACUCCGAGCCUAAUCCGAACCAGCUCCAAGUGGUACCACUUAGACGAACGUUCUGCCGACCGACACCAACAGCAGCAACAUCCGAACCAACAGCAGCAUCAGCAGACGCAGUGCACCUCCCCUCUUUCUGGUACCAUCACCCCGUCCACCUCUGGAGCCGUGCGCGAUCGAACACACCCAAAGUCCAGCCAAAACCACAGUGGAGGAGGUGAUUCUUUUUACAACAACAGUUACCGUGGAGACGACCCCCCUAGCCACCACACCACCCUGCAGCGGCGAUCUCCUAAGGACCACCGGGAGGCGUACUCGUCACCGCACUCCCCACAAACACCUCCUCAGCAAGCGGCAGGCAACACAGAAAAGAGUCGCAGCACCCUUGGGUUCCCCUUCAAGACGGACACGCUCACCAAACACCGGGGAAGUGGCACAGGAAGUCGGAAAUUUGGUUUGAAGCUGUUCCGUCUGAGUUUUAAGAAGGACAAGACCAAACAGCUGGCCACCUUCUCUGCACAGUUCCCCCCCGAGGAGUGGCCGCUCCGCGACGAGGAGGUGCCCAGCCAGCUGCCACGCAAUGUGGAGAUGGAGAUCAUCCGCCGAAUCAACCCUGACCUCACUGUGGAGAACCUCGCCCGGCACACAGCGGUCAUGAAGCGCCUAGAAGAGGAGCGUGCGCAGAGGAGUAAAGCGUCGUCAGCCAAUCAGAGCUCCAGGAGCAGGAGAAGCGGGGGUAGACACAGGAAGCAGUCUCAAACCAAACUCAGCCGCUCCCAUAGCAAGACGAGAGCGCCCCGCGGCGAGCCUGGUGACGGCUCCCACCUGGAGCUGGCCGACAGGGACUACAGAGCCUACUCGUCCUCACUGGCUCGGUCGCCAAGGGAACAUGCCCUGGCCGUGGAGCGCCAACGGGCCCGCCUUCACCUGGCACAUAGCAACCCCAACAUCCUCGACUCCUCCCACCUGCCUGUCACACCAGAGUGGGACGUGUCUGGAGAGCUUGCCAAGCGGCGCACAGAAAUGCCUUUCCCCGAGCCAAGCCAUGGCCCGUCAGCCCACCACUCCAAAGUCCACCGCUCACACUCCCACACCCAGGAGAGGAAGUCCAGGCAUGAGCGCAGCGACAAGGCGAAGGAACGCUCCAGGUCCAUGGACAAUUCCAAAGGACCACUUGGAGCCGGGAUGAUUGGACCGCCUGAUUAUUACGACGACCGGAGCCGUUACUAUACUGACGAUGGCACCCUGCGAGCCAAUCAGAUCUCCUCUCACUACUCUCGCGCCACUCCCCCUUCAGCCAAACUGCCUGUGGAUUCUCUGGGGUUGGAUGGCGGCAGGAGUUUAGAGAAGAGUAAGAGCAGGGACAGCCUGCCGGCAUACUCACCCAAACCACUUCCCAGCGCCGUCCCUCCUGAUGAUUACUUCCAAUGCGCUGGCUCCUCUGAGGCUGCUCUCACAGCCGCUAACCCUCUGGGAACUCUAGGCAAAAGUAGCCAUGAUGGAUUAAAACUAGGCAGCGCUGACAGGCAAAUGGACAGACAGACACCCCAUCCUCUAGAAAGUAAGGAGGACUUGUCAAAGGUGGGACCUAAGGGUGGCAGCCUGCCUCCAAUAGCCCUAUCUGUCCCUGACCCCCCACUUCCUAAUGGAAGACCUCCCCACAGUGCCUCCUCUGGUCAGGAGAAACGUAAGGAGAUCUUUAGUAAAGACACACUAUUCAAACCUCCUCCCAGCCUCCCUCUGCCCGGCUACAGCUCCCUGAGAAAACCCCAGGCCCUCGCCUCCUCCACUCUGUCCUCGUCCUGUGAUGCACUUGAUUCCCAGGAGGCCUUCGAUGCUCCCAAACCUCUGGUGGCCACACCGUCCGUUCCCCCACAGGGUAUUGAACCCACUACCGGUGCCACAGAGGCCUCCUUUGACUACUACAACGUCUCGGACGACGAAGAACUCGAGGAGGGAGGGAACAAAAGUCGAGGAGAGGACGAAAAGGCCGGAGGAGGUGUUGCCGUGAGGGGAGGAGGUGGAGCAGGGACCAUGCAGUGGCUGUUGGAGCGUGAGAAGGAGAGGGAUCUACAGAGGAGGUUUGAAAGAACCCUCACCUUCCCUGGUGCUAAAGAGAACCUUCCAGAGCCCGGUCAGAACCAGCAGUCAGCCCACUCUGCUAGACUUGACAGUAUGGACUCCAGCUCUGUCACUGUUGACAGUGGAUUCAACUCACCACGAACGAGGGAGAGCCUAGCGUCGAACACCUCUUCCAUAGUGGAGAGCAACCGUCGGCAGAACCUGGCACUGAGCCCCGGCCACCUCGGCAUCACCACCGCCACCGCCGCCCCCUUCUCCUUCCGCGCCAUCCCAGAACCUGCCGGCACCCAGCCGGAGAAACUCCAGAAGCCCAGCGCUUGCCUUGCGUCAAUCACCAGCGUCUAGGGGCAGAACUACUGUAAGGGCUGGGCGGAGCGCCGGGAGCCAACGGGGAGGGGCCUGAAAAUACAAGUCCCGCCCCCAAGGACUGUUACAUCUUUAGACUGACAUCAGUGGAGCUGCCACAGGCCCACUGUGGAACUAUAGCUAUUAACACACACACAUACACACACACAGACAAACAGAGACAUUAAGACCACCAGGAAACGGCUCUCUGUCGCUCACACACACACACACACACACACACACACACACACACACACACACACACACACACACACACACACACACACACACACACACACACAGAGAGAGACAGACAUAUACA